AUGGAGGAAACCACAGUACCCUUUUUAAGAAUCUCACUAGCAGAGAGUACCCGGGUGCAUUCUGUGGCUUGGAACUGCACGGGCACGAAGCUCGCAUCGGGCUCUGUAGAUCAAACCGCUAGGGUUUGGCACAUUGAGCCCCACGGACAUUGUGGAUCAGCUGUGUUGGGACCCAAGCAUGCUGAUUUGAUUGCCACUGCCUCUGGAGACGAGAGUUCGUCUAUGGGAUGCUCGUGGAAAAUGUGCGCAGCUAGCAGAACAUUAACAUCACCUAUAAACCUGAUGGGACGCACAUCGCGGCUGGUAAUAGGGAUGAUGGAUGUUCGGAAAUUUAAGCCCAUUCACAAGCGAAAGUUCAAUUAUGAGCACAAGGCUUUUAGAAAAGCUUUGUUACUCAACCUUGAGAAGUCUUCAAUUCUGUAUGAUAUGCAAAUGUAA